AUGUGCGCGAGACUGCUGGUUGGCCUUGAGUUGCUCCGAGUGGCGUUUGCAUCCACAGAGUAUGGACGUGACUUAGUGCACGCUGACCUGGCUGGUACAGUCUCCAAUGUCACAAUUGAGGGCUUCACUUUCGGUGGUUGCUUUUCUGCUGACAUCCCUGCUGGUGCGCUGGGUUCCAACUACACGGUUUCCACGCUGACGGAAUCGUCGCCUUCUGCGUGUGCUGAUGCUUGCGUCGACUGGGAAGCCUUCCUGGUUGGCGCGGGCAACUGCUACUGUGUUGAGCCAUCGGAGUUCGCCUUGAGCGCGUGGCAGCAGCUCGAGGAGACGCUUUGCGACGCGCCCUGCGAUGCCUGGGGCAGUGAUGACUUUGGGGGCCUCGUAGCGUACUUCAGCAUCUUACCGGGUUUCUGCGGCGGCAAUUUGGAAGCCUUUAGCUUCUACGAAGCUUUCGAUGCUGUGAAUGCGGUUGGUCAAGGAACACUUGACCGAGAUCGUGGUCUCUGGUAUCAGGUGGUACUCGUCCAAACUCUGCUUGGUGGACCUCCCGAGCAUGCCGGCCUCUUCGAGGAUGGUAGCUGGCGUUGGCGCCUCCAUGCGAGCUCUGCCAUCACUGGACGUGCUGCCUUCCCGCUGCAUCGCGACCUCGACGAGCCCAUUGUCGGCCUCGUCAUGGACUACAUGGAGGGGCAGCCAAGUGUGCUUGGAACCUCCUACUCCGGCAGCGUGUAUUCAGCAUCUGCAGGAAGCAGGAACCCGGUGCAGCUGCUUGUGGACUCCGCGAGCUACCCCGGCCACACUGUGGACGAUGCCACAGUUGAGCCUGGCGCAGCGCCGGUGCUUACCUUUGAUCAAGACAGGCGGGUUCUUUUCGCCACGCAACCAAUCGGCGGUGAAGACUCGAGCCUUUACGCUCUGGAAUUGGAUGCCCCCAACGACAUGCCGUAUCGACACAUGCGCUUUACGCCCUCCUGCAACAGCACAUGGUGUGCUGUCAAUGAGAUCCGAUUUCGCUAUCAGGAGGUCGAGAUUGACCUGUCAUCGGCCACAACGUAUUUUCUCCACGACUUGUCCGAUCCGCAGCUUCGCAAUGGAGCAAUCCUCGUUGACUUUCCAGCACCGGUGUACAUUGACGAGUUCUCCUUCUCCAUGCCAUACAACAACUCGGCCAAUGCCCCUUCGCGAUGGGUUUUAGAGGGCACCAAUGACAGGGUGCGGCGGUGCAUCCUGAAUGGGGCACCGGACUACCAGGCUAUGGGUGAUGGCACCUAUGCGCAAAGGAAUGGCGAGACACGCUAUGGCCGCUCUGUGUACAGAGACUCAUCAGGUGGCAUCAUUUAUUUUGAUGACACUAGUGCAAGUUGGUGCCCAGCCGUCAGUUGA